AUGUCAUCCCCGACCCGUGAAGCUGAGAUCAACGUGGUUUCCAGCCCGGAUUCUUCCAGCCGAAACUCUCCCGAACCAGACACCUACCGCCUCAUCAACCACAACUCGAAUAUUUCUUACCCAGUGAUAAAAACGAGUGAAGACGAAGAUAGGACUGAAAAAGACACUAAGAAAUGUGUAGGUGCAUCCACAAAUUUUUCUAUAUCGAGUAUUUUAUCUAGAGCCGAUCCGACGGUGAAGAAAAAUGGUGGUUUUAUGACUGUUCCUGGAGGGAACGUGUUGGAGGCUAGCGGAAUUGGAGGAGGUGCUGAUAAUGGAGUAUUAUCCAGGUUAGGAUUGAUGUCUCAUUUUGGUGCAUUGGCGGCGGCGAGCAGCAGGUACGCAGCUUUAUGCGGAAAUCCUACCGAUCCCAGAACGCUUCCUUGGUACUGGGGCAGGAUACCCUCUCAAGUCCCCAAAGAACAACCUAGUCCUACCGGUGGAUCAACAACCGAAGACCCAAGCCCGCCAAUUUCUCCGCAUCCCCAACCAAUCACCAACACCGAGAGUCGUUCUUCUCGCCCCUCUUCUCCCUCAGACCACCAAAGAUCACCAACCUCUAGUCCAAAUAAUUCAAGUAUAAUUCCAUCCUCACAUCCCGCUUUCCUCGAUCAGAAUUAUAUUAAUAUUAGAUCAAAAAGUCCUUAUCGAGAAAAUGAGAAUUUGGUAAUAGAGGAAGAUAUAGAAGACGAAGAAAGCGAUUACGAUAAUGAUAAAGACAAAAAGGGAAAUGGUGCAAGUAUGAGUCCUGGGAACUCGUUAUCGAAUAAGCGAAAAAAGAAAACCAGGACUGUGUUCUCGAGGUCGCAAGUCUUUCAGUUGGAGAGUACGUUUGACAUGAAGAGGUAUUUGUCGUCUUCGGAAAGAGCAGGAUUGGCAGCUAGCUUACAUCUUACAGAAACUCAGGUAAAAAUAUGGUUUCAAAAUCGCAGAAACAAAUGGAAACGGCAAUUAGCAGCGGAACUAGAAGCUGCCAACAUGGCGCACGCAGCUCAACGCCUCGUCCGAGUACCGAUCCUCUACCACGAAUCUGCGAAUUCCUCGAUACGGCAUCCAUUCGAACAAAACCAUCCUCUAAGUCUACAUCAUCCUUUGGAAAGUAGAGAUUCCGGGAAUGCCGGCAGUACCUCAGUUGUAUCAUCACCUGGAUACCCCAGUAGUUUGUACUACCACCAUCAGGCAGCGGUGGCCGCCGCUGUACAUAGUCUGCCUUCUAGUCCUGUAAGUAGGCCACCUAUGUCUGGAUUAGUUUGA